UGAGAAAAGCAAUAAAUAAUAUUUGCGAUAGCACCUGUAAACAGAAAGAAAAAAGAAACAAAAAUAAUGGAUCGAAAGAGAGACCGACACUCUCAAUACCGCCGUGCUCCUUACUCCUUCCCUAAACGGCGUCGUCCUCUUCCACCGCCGGCAUAUGAUGAGGCCAGCACCGUUGCAGCAGAGGACGAUCUUUUGCCGGAAACUUCCCCGGCUUCUUCCAAACUACCGACGACGGUGGUUAUUAUUGGGGUUCCGGCAGAGUGUUCUGUCUUAGACCUAAAGUCUCGGUUUGAGAUCUACGGCUCAAUCUCUCGCACCCGAAUGGACCCCACUGGGCUCGGAUACAUCACCUUCCGGUCCAAAGAUUCUGCAGAGUCCGCCAUGUCUGCUUCUGCUGACGCCACUUUCCCCAUUAUCCUUCAUUCCAAACCAGUGCAAGUAAUGUGGGCAAGUGAUCCAUUGCCAGAGCAGAAGGAAGGGGCGUCUAAGAGAGAAGGAACAUUGGCAGUUUCCUCUAAGUUGGUUAGAGCAGAAGUGCCUCUAAGUAGGCAUGGGAGAGGUAACAGGCUGGGUUCAGAUAUUGUGAACCCCAAAGAUGACAACAAAACGAAUAGUAAUAAUACUUAUAAGAAACGAGGUGGGAUUGCCUCCAGGUUAGGGGAUCCAUUCAAGGGCAGGGAGCUCGUUGCCUAUGAUGAUAUUCUUUGAUUUAGAAUCGUAUAUGUGAGGAA